UUCUCGCGUGCGAUAAUUAAGUUGUUUUUUUUUAUAGCAUUUCCAUUGUGUAAAGGGUUUUUAAACAUUUAAUAUAAAUAGUGAAUUGUGAUCUGAUUCUGAUGGCUUCUCGGGGUGCUAUUCUGUUAGGGCAGUGCAUGCCUUGCAUUAAGAAAAACGCUUCUAAGAUACGUAUACGCCGAAUGGAGUUGGAUAAGAACCUGAACAUGUAUUUCAAGAAAGAGGAGUUCUUUUUUGCACAUGAUCCUGAAAAGGUAUGCAAAACAGGCGAUAUUGUAUUGAUACGCGAAUUGCCACAGCGGCUGACUCGUCUUAUCUCACACGAAAUUGAAAAAGUUGUUUACCCAAUGGGUGACAUAACAGACCCACUGACCGGCAAAAAGGUUGUGGUGGGCAAAUACAGAGAUCAAAUUGAAGAAGCGAACCGUCUAUAUGGAAAAUCAGAGAAAGCAUUCGACUAUGAUAAAGCACCACCUCGUGGACGUCUUGAGGGAACUCGUGAUUUUACACAUGGCGAAACGUACAUUAAAUACCACGAAGACGGCAAGGAUCAGCCGUUUGCUGUGUAAUAUUUAAUUAAAUUUGUAUUUUAACAUAAACAAUUUAAUAAUAAUAAAAAAAUAUUUACUUUAAAAGCUAACGAAAA